GUUGUUGUUGCACCAGCAGCGUUGCAUCGGCCCGCGUGCAUGCUGCUAGCUUCUAGCCUGGCUCGGAUCGGAUGCGGAAAGGGAACUUGAUGCGGCGGCUGGGCCGCAAUCAGUAGAAUCCGAACAACGAAGCGAGUUGGACGUGUCCUGAGUGAAUGGUGGUUCUUAGCGCGCGACGUUCUUGCACUUAAAUUGGUUUUGUUCUGAAGAGUAUGAAAUUUGCCCGCCAAAAACUCGAACUUUCGUGGUGAAGUGUUGGAGCGAGUUCGCUGCGAACAUCGAGUGUUUCUAGUUAAUUCGCCUGUGAUUUUCCAAUUGGCUAAUGAAAUUUGACUAACAGAGUGUUGAAGAAGUCGUUCUCAGUGGAUUUUCAUCGACUUUCAUUCAGGAAAUAGAAGAAUUGGUGAAGUGACACGUCCAAAGUGCUCGGCAACAAGUUCACCGAAUUCAACUGCAACAUUCGUGCGUCUGCAACACUGUUUCGGGCGAGUUCAAGUGAUGCGUAAUGAUGUUCAGGAAAUGGAUAAAACCUACUUCAAACGACAUCCCGACUAGUAAUUUUAGUGAUUUCAUGAUUAACAAUUAGCAUCUGAUUAACAGUAGAACUAGAUCUGCAUCAGAACGAAUCGGAGGUGAUAGUGAUGGCCCUCGAGUACUACAUCAUGCUCUCAACAGUGAUUUGAAACAAUCUUUCGCCCUGUGAUGUGGCCGCGCGUAAUGUCCGAAAUUAACCACCGCGCAUACAACUAACUCUACUUCCAGCAUCAACUAACAACGCACAAUUCAUUAGAAUUAAAUGUUUGUGCUGAAUUUGUGCAAAGAAAAGACAAGUGUUCCUUAUAGCAGUUUCCAAGGAGCAAGUUGUAACUGUGACUAACCGUGACUAGUGACAAGAAAUAGUUUCUGACUAUUCUGCGAGGAACGUAACACGUUAAUAAAUCAAAAUGGCUGUGCCCUUUUACCUUCCCAAUCAGGAUGAACAAGGAGCUUCCGGCAGCAGUGGUAGUAGCACUGGAAGCUCCCCAAACACAACAACCUCAGCCACGCAGACUCCUUUGCCGAGUCCUGCUCCCGUCAAUGGGGAACAGUUGGUGCAGGCUUUUAUGGAGGUCCUGUAUCGAUGCUCGUCGUCUACUUCGAAUGGAGGAUCGCCAGGAUUUCAAUUUCCACCGCCAAGCCCUUCAUGUAACCUCAAUAGCCCUGGCGGAUUUUACAGUGAUGAAGUGUUUUUCCCGCGUAAUCGAAGUACUCCACGUUCGCCACGUAAUAGUUUCCACGAUGAAGGAGCUUUCUUUCGUCAUCCAAUCCCAACCCCAUCAAGAUCCAUGAGAAAUGGCCCGCCGGAAGCAGUCUCUAGACGUUCACGAUUAACAUCGACAGGUGACGAUGAUAAUGAAGGACAUAGUGAACACGAAACCAGUUGGGAUGAACUGGAUGAACGCUACGAGCAGUACAUGGCCGCCCGGGAGCGUUUACAAGAGUUUCCAGGACGAAUACCCAAUCGAAAGAAGAGAAAGGAAGGCAAAAAGACAAAGGAACAAAGUUUCACGUGGCCAACAGUUGUGACAGUCUUCGUAUUUGCAGUAGGCUGUGGAUUUUUAGUGGCUCGAUGAUUCCCACUUCUAUCGAUCAAUUUUUCGGAUCUCAAUUUCUUCAAAUUAUUCGAAUUCUUCCACAAAACUACACAUAAAUAUUAGAUAACGAGCAAUUUAGUGAACAAAAGACAUCUCUAUACAUUCAAAGGAUACAUCAGGCAGUAAGGGAAAGGAAUUAGUUCAGGCUAUGGAUUCUACUUAACAACAAAAUUGUAUAAAACUAAAAUUCAAACUACGUCAGCAUGCACAAGUACAAUAUCAUCACAUUUUUCCGGAUAAAACUGAAAAUAAGUAAAGUAAAAUACAAAAAGUCAAGUUCCAAAAUAUACAAUUUUUUGACUGAAAAUAGAUUAACAGAAAAAAAAAUAUAUUUUCGACAUGCAGUUUUUGAUUUUUGACUGUGGAUUUGUACUCAUAAACAAAAAUAUAAUGAAAACAGGAUAAAAAUUAUAUUCGUAAUGACAUUUGAGCUUGGCGAAAUGGUUUCGUAACGCUGAAAAUUUUUUGCAAUAAAUAUUUACAGAAACAAAGCGAAAAAAUACAAAACUGGCAUUUUUUCUUCCAAUUGAAAUGCACAAAACAAGGCAACAAAAAAUAGCUAAAAUAUAUAUACACAAAAUUUAUUUACAGAAGCAUACAAUAAGAUCACUGCCAUAUUUUAUACAAAUAUACAAAAAGAUAUAUAUAUUUUACUAUUUAAAAAUGACUUUUUUUCUCAUUUAGACAAAUUUUGUUGUAAUAAGUAGCCAAACAGUGCAAGAAAAUUGUGUAGAGAUUUGAGGAAAAUCGAAAGUUUCAAUGCCAAUAGCGGUUGUACCCGAUUGAGGGUAUUUUCUGAUUCUAAUUUCAAUUUGAAAGAAAAGACGUAAAAUAGACUAGAUUGUAGAUAUAUACACAUAUGUAUAUGCAGGAGAGCUAUUUUAUAUCGAAAUAUUUAGAAAAUGCCAAUCUCUCUAACGCAGACAUUUGUCAUUGAGGUCUUUGCCAGCUUGAAAAUUGUUUAAAAAAAAAGAUUAGCGUAAAAUGUUCGAUAAAUCAUACAUAAAAUUGGAAAUUAAAUAAAAAUUAUUUAAAUAUACAAGAAAAUUAUUAUAAAUAAUAUGAAAUGAAGAUAAUGUGAAAAAAAUAACAAAAACAGUUUUUUAUUGAAAUAUAAAAAACCCAAAGCGAUUGUGAUUAUAAAAUAUUAUAAAAUGAAAGAAAAGUUUUUUUUUUAACGAAAUACGUAGAUAAUGUAAAAGUGAAAAUAAGAAGACAAUUUUCUAGGAUCAUUUUAUUUCCAGACAUAUACACAUAUUUUAAUUUAAACGUACACCGUGUAAGUAAGAGAUUUGUCGUAAGAUUUUCUUUUGCUUUUCUUUGUGUUUGUACUUGACAAUUUGUUUUCUCAAUAUUUCACUUGGCAUUUUUCACGCCACGUUGUAUUCUGUUUAAUGUAGCAUUCGGUGAAUAUUUUGUGCCUUAAAAUGUAGAUAUAAAAAUAUGAUUGUAUACGUGCUAAUAUUUUUUGCACAAUUGCAAAAUUGAGAUUAAACUUUUCCUUUGCAUCGUAUCAUAAGCCGGAAUUCGUUUGAAAGAAAUAUCGUUACCAUUUAAGUUGCAUUUUUCAUUUUCCAAAAUGUAACUCGUAUUGGCUGUUAAUUGUUCUGCUCUCAAAUGAAUGGCAUUUUUUCCUAAUCGUUUCUCAAUUUCGCUUUAUCAGCAUCACUGCCUUGAUUUGCAUUUUCUGUAAGGAGGAAGUGAUUUUGUUUAGUUUGGUAAUCAUUGAAUUUGAAAUGCAUGCUUGUGGCUGUAGAGUUCAGAAUUUUUUUUACAAGUCACGAAAAGCAAUGAUUCCGAUCUAAAUACAUCACAACUUUCUGUUUCAUCCAUAUCUCUAUCAAAUGCUGCCAUGACAAAGUUAUUCGUUCCCUGAAGCACUAAAAGAAUUCUUCUAUCAUUUUAAUUUAGUUUAAUUUUUUAAUUGCGUCGCUUAAGUGGAACAAAAUAUUCAUCUAAUUUCCCAUAAUUGUGAAUUUAGUUUGUAUUUUUCCUCUUUUUUCGAAAAAAAGAAAAACCGGACAAGAAUUUGAAAAUUAGUUAUCCGUCAUGAUCUAUAUCUUCUUCCAUGAAAAUUCAAUUUCAAUGCUUUAUAAUCGAAUUGCAUUCUUCCAAAGUAGAAUGUGAACGAUUGCAAAACGUAUUUAGUUAAUUUUUUUAAUACUUUAAUAUAUUUCGAGAAAGAUAUGUUUUCAUAUUAUUAUUUUUUAAAUAUAGACGUAAAUAUUAUAAUUGAUUUAAGAUGAAUAUUCGAUGAUGAAAAUGUAAUUCAUUGUGAUUUUAUGAUUAGUUUUAAGGCUUUUAUAUAUUACUUUCAAAUUGGUCUCAAUAUUUCGUUUAUUAUCACACUUUGCCGCGAAAAUUAAAUUCAAUUGCUUUGCUUUUUCUCUCUGAACUAUGUUAAAUGAAACUGCUUUCCAGUCGUAUCCUACAUUUCUUCAGUUCUAUUUUGCUGAUAAACAUUCCUUUCGUUUUGAGCACUUUCUCCUGCAAGUUUUUGAUUAUUUCUCAAAUUAAAGCUCAUUAAAGCAUAUUGUGAUUCAAUAGAAGGAGCCACGAUGCGAUUGGCGGUUCAACACAAUGAAAAAAUGGUUUUAGAGUCUUCCCCUUGAGGCAUUCGGAUGCGGGACAAAGGGAAAUAGCCAAUAAAUGCCAUAUUUGACAUGAUGUAAAUGUAUGUGAUAAUACCAUAUUUUUGAUAGUUUGAAUAAGCGGGUGUUCUUUGUAGAUAUUUUGGCGUCCUGAGUAUUUCCUUUUAUUUCGUAAAACACAAGGUAAUUCAUAUAUAUUUCAAUUUUUUCUAGAUGUUUCUUCGAAGUCUACUUCGUUGACAUAGAAAUUGGGGAAAUUUGGUACAAUUCCGACAAUUUUUAAAGAUGUUAAUAUUAACAAAAUUUUUGGGAGAUAUCACCACAAUAAGGUAUGUUUCUGACUUGUGUGAUUUUCAAUUAUGUCGCCUUGUAUGAAUUAUAUACAUAGGUCUAGUGUGGAUCAUUUAACGACUGAUUAUAGUCGGACUUCUAACAAGUACCCCACCAUGGUAUCACCUGAUGAGUUUCCGUGGUACUGGUCGACAAAUAAUACUUUUCGCUAAAAAUUCUUCUUAACUCAACAAAUUUUCCACAUUUCUGACGCCAAAUUUUCAAAGUAACAACCCAAUUCCCCGUCAUUUUGUCAUAUAAUUAUGUAAAAUUUACGGGUUUAAUUUAUUCGCUUCUAAUUUUUGUGUUGAGCCGGUAAACUGAGUUCGUUGCCUUCUAGAAUUAAGGUGAAUUCUAAUUAUUCAGCCGAAAAAAAAACGUAGGAGUUACUUCAAAAGGUACGAUUAAAAAUAAUAUUUGACUUCUUCUUGAUAAGAAAAAAUAUGCCCAAAUAUCAAUAUCGACUUCUAUUAGUUCAACCAUGAAUCAAUAGGAAAGUAAAGAAAGCUUCGUUUUGAUACAUAUUUCAUUGAAACAUAGACAAGCGAAAUUUUAAUCAAUUGGUUGAUUUACUUCUGAUUAAUAUGUUGAUUGCCCGUGAUACAUACAUGUGCGUCAUGUCCAGUCAGCGGAUUAAAGAUGGGCAAUGAAGAUGCCGAGGUGCAAACGUUUACACUAUUAAAACAUAAACAUUAUUACUUUUAAAAUAUAAAUUUGCAAAAGUUGCGAAGCAUUGUGACAAGGAACGUAAGUGAAAUUGACCUCUUCGACGUUUCUUCUAUGUCUCUACAGUCCAAUGUCACUCCUUAGACUCUCGUCUCAACUCUUCUCGGCCUAGCGAUUGCGAUCCAAUUUUAGAAAUCAAGUAGCAUCUAACCUGCGUUGUCCACUAAUCCUUUCCAUUUGUUUCGGGGUUUUCCAGGUGAUCGUUUACUUUCCGAUUUUGUCGUUCAUACACUUUACAUGGUUUGCCCACUGAAGCUUUUGAAUCUCGAUAUGAAUGGCGGCUUCUGAUUUGUUGUCUAAUAAGUGCAACUCAUUAUUGUAGGACUCGACGUUCGGUCAUCUUCCAAGUUUUAUAUGCUGAGAACUUUGUUUUCUUGUAUUUUUAUUUUAUUUUUUUUUAGGAUUGGCCGUAUGAAGUCAAAUACUUAGUUAGCAAAAAUGGUCUACCUACUGAUUUCGUUCACUUUGUUGUUAUCCUUUGUUGCGUCUAAAUACACAAAACUGUCCAUUUAUUCGAAGUCAUAAUCAUUUAGUGUCGCAUUUCAUCUGAUUGACGUCGUUCUUCUAGUUCGUCCCAUGAUUUUAAUCUUGGUUUAUUUUCACCAGCGCCUCCUUCGUGCUCUCUUUCCAUUAUGCCAGGGUAUUUAUAUCACCCACAUAGGCACUACCUGGGAUGAUUUAUACAGCAGCGUAAGAUUUAGAUUCACUGACAACUUUCGAAUGUUGAUUAAUGUUGAAGCGUAUCAUUAUCAUUAACAGCGCAACCGGGGUCCGAUCUAAGUUUGCUUUAACAAGGAACUCAAAAGCUUCGGCGAUCCACUAACUCAAUAUCCCUAACAAUUGUCUGGCAUCCUACGCCAUUGCUCCAUCUAAGGCAGGAUCUGCCACGUCUUCUUUUUCCACCAUAUUGAGAUAGACUUUCCGGACUGGAUUAUUUUCAUCCAUAAUGGUUAAUCCCAUUGCAGCCGGAGUUUAUCCACAAUCAAACGGUAAUGACAUCACUCAUAACUAGGCUACGGAAUCGUCCAUCCUUUUCUAGGAUUCUUCGGAGGAUUAUCCUUUCGAAGGCGGCUAAAAGUUCCCAAUUUUUCUUGCUAAGAAUUCAAGGCUCCGAGGAAUACAUGGAGACUGGCAAGCUCAUUGUUUUGUAGGGUAAAAGCUUUGACCUUAUGAUGAGACGUUUUGAACGGAGUAGGAUUCGCCUUGUUUUAAUCUGGAGUUUGAGCAUCUUGUAAGGUCUUACUUGUUAUUCUGAUGAGUCUAAUCAACUGAUUCACUGGAACUUCAAAUUCAGACAAUAUUUUGUAUAGUAUAGCACCGAGCGAAACUUCAUGGAUAUCAAUGUUACGUUCCCAACAUCUGUCCAGUAUUUGUUUCACUGAGAAUAUCUGAUCAAUCGUUUACUACCCACUUUGAAAUCCGUCGUUAUAUUGGCCGACAAUAUUUUUUAGAAGAGUCCGAGCUUUCUUUUUAUUAUUUUUGAGAGCUCUUUGUAACGUACUCCAUUUUUAGUUCCCCCAACAGAGUUUGUCACUUUUGCGUUGAAUUUCUGGCACAAUUUCGUGCUUAUGAACUCAUGAAGCUUGGUUGCCAUCUCGACACUCCUUAUCUUUAGGAGUUCCACAUUCAACCACGCGAAGCUUUGUCUUUUCUCUGUGCUUUUAGUGGAUCUUUAACUUCUCCUCCUUCUCUGCUGAAAGAUUCCAUGCUGUGUCCCUGCAAAAUGUGGUACUGAGCUAAAAUCUAACGGUCAUUCUUUUUGCCAAUUUUUGGCGAACCUUAAAUCUUGUUUCUUAAAGUUGUAGUCCAAUCUGCAGAUUUAGUUUACAGUUAAGUCUUAAGUCUAUGUAUCUGCCCCGUUUGGUUCUUGUGAUCGAUGGCCUUGUUCACUCUUCGACAGACAAUUAUUUUUGCAUCGAGGUUCCUGUCCGAUGUUUUUUUUGCAGCCAUCUUGAUUACAUCUUUCAGCAGAUUCCACUUCACGUCAGUGCUAUCGGCUUCCUGAUCUCGGUUGAAUAUCUGCAGGAUCUACUUUUCUAACGCCAUUUUUGCGUCCUGGAGUUUUUCAGUGUCGAAACUAACAGCUGAGAUGAGUCUGCCGCUCUCAUUAUUUUUCAUCUGAUGUCGACAUUUGGAUGGAUUGGACGUCAUGGAUGCUAAAUGCGUGUCUCUAUGAGACGUGAUUACAAUCUGGUUGAAUGUUGUUCUAUAUGAUGGGGACCAUGUUUUCUUUUACAUUAUGCAUGAGUCAACAAGUCGAUGAUACUUCCAAAUUUCUGUUGCAAGUAACUUCUAUGAUCUUGCUUCUGUUUUCGUUAAUUAUACCAUGAGGACUGUGACCCUCAGUAGUUUUAAAGUGAACCAGACCUUUUCCGAUCUUGAAGUCACCGAAUUCUGGCUUCACAUUGUUCGACGGAAGUAAGUUACUGGCUUAAGGCAACUGUAGAAUUCUUCUUUUACUUGGUCAUCCUUCUCUUCUGUUGUAUAAUAUACUGAAAACUUGGUUUUGACCCAAAGCGCGCCAAUUGUUUCAUUGAUUGUUUUGAAGGCUGCGAGGUGGAGGGCUUAAUGCUUAAGGACAACAAAAGCUAUGUCGCAUUCUUACUUUGCAGACUUUUCCGCUUUCAACGAUAGUGUGCGCUCGAGAGUCAUAUUAGAGCUCUACACAUUUUUCCAAGACUUUCUCCAACUUUUUUAAGCCAUCUAAAAAGUAAACUUUUGGAAGGUCCUCAAAAUACCCAUCCGUUUUCGCGAUGAUUUCUUCUUUCGUUAUGAUUUUUUUUUCCGCUGAGCGAUUUUUUUUAAGUUCGUAAAUAAAAAAAAUCACAAGGAGCCAAAUCCGUUGAAUGCGGCGCAUGUAAUAAUUCACGUGACAAUUCAAACUUUAAUUCCAUUAUUUUCGUCAUUGAAAUUUCACAGGUGUGCACACAUGCAUUGUUUUGAGGAUCUUAUGCUUGGUUUCUCCGCUCGAUCGAUGCAAUAAUGACGCAUAAUACUGUCGUUAUUCUUUCCUCGUUUUUUAAAAUAAUUUCAAAUAAGUGCAUCCUAGAAAAAUGUGGCCAUAAUCUCGCCGGCUAGUUUCAUUGUCCUUGUCUUCCUCGAAGCCUGUUCCCCACCGAAAGAUUCACUGUUUCAACUAUUCCUAUCUAUUUGGAGCGUCCAAUCAAGCCAUUGGGUAGUGCCGUGACUAAGUACUCGAGGGGGGCAACCACCGUCUGCAAAUGACUCAUCUGAAGUGGCUCAUGCUACUGAGCCUCAUCGGACGUUAACUAGUACCAUGGGAACUGGGAUAACCCUCUAAGCGGAUUUUCUGGUGGAUGUGCUCUCGGCUGGGUUAUUUGCGAGAUCGCGAUAUCAAUGUCUGGAGUUGCGGCAGGGGCGUUAAAUAGGCCUCGCGGUCACUGUUAUGAAUUCUGAGCCGACAUUUAGUAUAAACCAGUACCGACGUGCUAACCACGACGGGCUCUGGUUGCCGCGGGAAAAUCAAUCCGUGUCCGAAGAGGACCGUGAAAUGAUGCUUACAUGACAUCCUGGCAGGCUAAACUGACAGGAUGACAUCCUGGCAGGCUAAACUGACAGGACCUUCAUGUCUUUCGAGUGUAAUAGAGUACAUUUUGUCGACAGUAAUGUAUCGAUGCAGAGACUGGUCAGGAUUGCAACUGAAAAGCCUUAGAGUCAACCAGACGAUUGCGUUUACACUUUACUGAGAUCAAAUGCGGCAGAUGUGCCAUGAAUUUCGCCUAACUCGGCGUUAAUCUCUUUCGCCUGACGACCUCACCGCUUUAUAAUUUCGUUUCUUGGACCGGUUCUUUUAAAUCUGUUCAAUAAGUAUACUAAGGAUGCUGUUUUUUAAAUAGGAAUUGCACAUUACAAAUCCUUUUUCCGUUCCGUAGUCGUCGUUAUACUCCUGAUCCGACCCAAAGCUCAGUUUCGGGUUGCAAAUCAAUAUUAUACCGUGCACAUGUUAUCAGCCUGUUCCAUAGCCCCCAGUUGUUUGGGCUGGGGACUUCCGCAGAACUGAACACUAGACCACAUUCUACAUGCCCCAGGUUCUGUCUUUUAUUGUCCAGGGGUUACCAGCAUGAAAGUGAGAGAAGGAUGCGGCGGUAGGGGUGUGGGUGUUAAAUUAGGCUAUUUUGGAUAAGUUGCGACGUCUGAUUUGCUUUAUUCUCAGUUCCGGCGUUUCUGUGAAAACAUUUUAAUUGAAAUAUUUUUCUUCUAGUUCAAGUCAAUACUAAGUAUGGACAAAUGCUACAAAACACCCCGAAUAUAGUUAGUUUGAGUUGACAGCUUGGCUCUAAUUGAUGACAGAAGUGACUUGGGCUCGUUAUGAAUGGUAUCCAAAGUGGAGCCCGAAUCCACGACCCUAAGGUUUAGAGUCUUAUACUCUGCCGACUAAGCUACUCAGGUGCCAUUUGUAACGAAUGCAAGUGUUGCAGAUGGUCAUUUCUGUCAACCCCAACGCUUGCACUUGUUACAAAUGUCAUUUCGUUACACAGCCAAGGUUACGCUGAUAAGAUAUGUACAUUUUGGAGUUAUGUGGGUUGUAUUCCAGUUCUUGGUACAGGGAACUCGUAGUUCACCGUCUCAAAUCCACCACUUUACAUUGUUCCACUUUCAUUUUAGCUCUUGUCCCGAUUAAAAGCGGGUCGGCUCAUCUUGGUCGAAUAUGCAUCAGUUUCCGUUGGCCACCAAGCCACUUUUUUAAAUGCAAAAAGAGGAAGUAAUCGUUGGGUAUAAGGUGGGAACAGUAUAGAGAGUGAUCUAAUAGUUCGCAACAAAAAACUUGAAUCUUUAUCUUGGCAGGCAGUUAUUUCGACUCUGCGUUGAUGUACGAUGUCACCCAUAACAAUGUGGAAAAACAAAUCAUCUCCAUUUUGUCAAUAGACAGUCCAUAUCUAUCGUCCACUGCACAUUCUUUGUACUUUGUGCUGAUUGGUGGGUAUUUUUGAAACCCACCUUGCACAUAAUUUAGAGAGAGAAGUUUAGCCACUAACAGUGCGGACACAGUACACUGUUGCCCCAUUCUCUUUAUUUGACCCAUAUUUCAUUGGUAAUCCAGGCCUUUCUUCAAAAUGAAAUUAAUUUUGGCCUUGAAAACGAAAGAACAGGAGGAGUUGAAGGAGGGUAGAAAUAUUGAAGGGAAGAGCAGAGGGAAGUUGAUUUGAAACCAGUAAAUGCAAAUGAAGAGAUGAAGGGAAGUGCAAACGGAAAGGGACAGAGGAGGCGAAAAAUGAAAAAUGGUUGGGGUAAUAAAUAGAAAAGGAACUGAAUAGGAGAAGCAAAGUGGAGAUAAAAAAAAGCUGCGUAGAUGAUCAGGAUGACAAUAGGAAAAGGGACUAAGAAGGGAAGCCAAGGGCUGAAGAAAUAGAGAAGUGUAAAAGAUUAGCAGACCCUCUUUUGUUUGAACGUGCAGAAACUAUAACUUAAAAACCAGUGCCAACUUUGGGUGGGAUUUAUCAGUGACCAUACGAAACAUGUGAGUUUUGAGAAAGUCUGCCUACCGUAUACAAUUUUCAUCACCAAAAUUCUCAAUUUAAGGCCGCAGAUUUGUAAUAAUUUUUUCACUAAACGUUUGCACCCGCCCAUAUAAUCAGAAUCUGUUGUGUUUUCCAAAGAAAGUGACGAUAUAUUCGAUAUUUGUAAUAAAUAUUUUUUUUAUUUUCAUAAUUUAUGAUUUUAUUUUUCAAAUCGAGAUUUUAUUUUAAUUUUUUUUUCGUUUAAUAUUAUUUUUCAUAAAUAUAUCUAAUCGACUUUAUUUUAUUGUAAUAAUUAACAAAACAAUUCCCAAAAACUCUUGAUCUCAAAACUGUUAAAAAUACAUUGUAAUAAAAAAAAUAUAGAAGAAAGAAAAUGUAAAUUAGAAUACAUUUGUCAAUUUUGUCUACUAUAAUUUUUUUGUUGUCGCUCGUUUGAAAGGGACAUGUACCAAAUUUCAUUUAAUUGAUGCAAUAAAACCAUUAGUUUGUGAUUUUUUUUUGCCAGAAUGGGAAAGAAAAUGUUGAGGUGAAUUUUUGUUUGCAUUUUUUAGUGCAAAGUAGGCCUUUUCGAACAAAUAAUAGAGGUGAAUACUUUGGAAAUGUUUUCGUUGGGGAAAUUGUUGGUGUGGUUGAAUUGAUAUUAUUAUAUCAUAUUAAAAAAAAUCAAGAUUGGGUUAUUUUCGAUACUUUGGUUAGCUUUCUUUGCAAUAUUUUGAAAAACAGGUAAAUUGCGUAAUAUUUUUUCUGAAAUAAAUCUACAAAUGCAUAAUUCUUUUCGAUGCUCCCAGAAAAUUAAUGAAAAUUAUUCGUAGAAAAAUAGAAAUGGUCUUCAAUGAACCUAGUUCAUACCGUAAGAAAUAUGCACAAUCGGCCUAAACAUUUCCAGAUAAAACCUCAAGAAGUUCAUCUAAUGAAACAAGUGAAAUUAUAAAAAAAGUAGAAUUAAAGUAAAAUCAUUCACUUAAAGUGACUCAUUGUAAAAAUCUUGUAAAUAUUAUUUUAAAAUAUAUCACAAUCGAACUUAGUAGGACCGAAAAACGAACGUAGUAAAUAUAGUCUGUAAAAUAAUUGCGUAAGGACAUGCUUUAUUCUAAAUCUUAGUUGUAGGAAGUGUUAUAAAUGCCGCUCCCUCAGGAUUGUGCAUAAUAUCCCUUCGGAAUAUCAAAUAUCAAUUUAGUUUAAAAUACUUUUAGCCUUAGUAUUUUUUUUAUAUUUUUCUAUCUAUUAGUUGCCAAACUUGUAUUAAGUUACAAACAUUUUUUUGAGAAGAACAACAAAACAAAACAUUCUUAGAUUGUAAAUACAUAACAUUCAUGUAGUGUUGUAAAUUUCCCUACGAUUGGACUUAGCACUACAGUCGUCGAUUGUUUAAAACAUUGCAGAAAUUCACACAAAGUUUAAAACUUUCCUUAAAAAACUCGUGUGCCAUCCGAAAAUUACAAUAGUAGUGGCAGUAACUAUGCACCGGUUUUUGUUUGUAUUGUAAUAAAAAUUUAACAAUCGACGAUAUUUUUCUCAUAGUUCAUGUAGAGUUUUCAGAGUUUUCACAUGAUCUCCUGGUUAAUUUUUUGUUAGCAAAAGAAAGAAAAAUCGAUGGUUUAGACAAUUCGGAAUAUUGUUUAAGCAGAAAUAGUGUUUUUUCCUUUACUGCAUCUUAGCGGCCUAUUACUGUGGAAUAGAUAUUUGUUGGAGUCGGACAGGCGACCAGUUCAGGCUUGGAGACGAUUUGCAAUUUGGAUAUUUUAUUAGGCUUCACUUGCUUUAGUGCGGUCUAGUAACGUCCAUAGUUCUCAAAAUUUUUGUUUUCGAAUUUCCAAACUUGAAUAGUCUUUCUGUUUCAGGCUCCCUACAUUGUACGUAUGUUAUUUUGAAGUAAUGGUGUUAUUUAUGCCGCCCUUUUUUUACUUUCAUAUUUUAUAUCAAAUAAGAAUAGAAACAUUGUAAAUAUAUAAUUAUGAUGUAAGAAUUUAGAAUAUAAUUAUGACAGUUAGCCUAAUUUCCAUUCUAGUUGUAAGAUUUUUCUAGAUAUAAUUUUUAAAUUUAAACCGGAAGAUUUUUUGUUGAUUAUUUCAAUGUUGUCGAUAUGUAGAAAUAUGAUUUUUUUAAAAUGUGGAAUUUAUAUUCAUAUACUGUAAACAUUUUUUUUACUUUUUUUUCAAAAUAUAUUAUGAUCUCAUUGAUG